GAGAGAUCGCAUCGGCCAGCAGUAGUACUACUGCAGAUAGAGUCAGAGCUAGCAGACAACCUUAGAUAAAACCCGCUACAAAGGCAGACGCCGCUCUCCACUCGUUUAUUUUCAGCAUCACAAUACCAUGACGUUUAAACUUCGCAUCUCACCCUCUUUCUUCUAAAAAAUGAUUCUCUGAACUCUGAUCCAUAGAAAAAGACACUGCCCCUUUUCUCCCUCUCACCCACCUCUCGAACACCGACUCUCUCGAUCUUGAAAAGAGAAACGCAGGGAAAGAUGCUACCGAGGUCUAGGAACGGUGUCGUUUGGAUCGAAGGAGGAAGAGGAGGUGAAGAAGCAGAAGACGCAGCCUGGACCAGAACCAACAAUGAAGGCGAGCUCAACAAGGACGACGAUAUGGGUCUAGCUCUUCCUCUCUCUUCCUUCAAGUCCAUGCUUGAGAAUGACUGGUACAUCAACAACAACGCCCUGAACCCACCUUAUCAGGACCUCCAUAACCAUCUCCCAGGCCUCCCAAACCCGCAAGAUGUCAGAGACAUAGGCUUCUGCUCGAACCCAAACGACAACAGUAACCUUAUUCUGCAGCCCCUGGACUCGUCCUCUUCCUGUUCUCCGUCACAGGCUUUCAGCUUCGACCCCUCACAGUCACAGCCUCCCUUCUUGCCCAACAAUUCUUGCUUCUCUUCCCUUAUCAACGCCGUUUGCUCCAACCCGUUUGACGAUGCAUUCGACUUGGGCCUCGAGACCGGGCUUCUCGGCCUGUUCAACCCAGCUGCUUCGAACUCCCCUGCCAUGAUGGGCUUCACAACCUUGGAUUCUCAGCCACAGAUUGGUGCUCCCAAACUGAGUUCGGCCUCCGAGUUUCAACGAACUCGGUUGCCGCCGGCAUCCGACACCACCGCAGGAAUCGGUGGCGGGUUUAGCCCCAUGGGUUUCGAGGGGUUUGAUAAUUCAGGCAGUGCUCUGUAUCUGAACAGAGGAAAGGCUUUGAGACCGCUCGAGGUCUUCCCUCAAGGGGGUUCGCAACCCAAUUUGUUUCAGAAGCGAGCGGCGCUUAGACAAGGCGCUGAAAAGUCAGGGAAUUUGGAGGUUUCGGGUUCGAGAUUCAGCGAAGACACGGAUAAUUUGAAGACUCAGAGCACGAAGAAGAGUGACGUUUCGGGCGACGUUGAUGAAGCGAGCCUCGACGUUUCGAGUUUAAAUUACGAUUCGGAUGAGUUCGAAGGUGGCGUUAAGGAGGAGGAGGAUUUUAAGAAUGGCGGAAGAAAUUCUAAUGCCAACAGUACUGUCACUAGUAGGGAUCAGAAGGGAAAGAAGAAGGGGCUUCCAGCGAAGAAUCUGAUGGCGGAGAGACGGCGGAGGAAGAAGCUUAAUGAUAGGCUCUACAUGCUUAGGUCUGUUGUACCCAAAAUUAGCAAGAUGGAUAGAGCCUCGAUACUUGGGGAUGCCAUUGACUACUUAAAGGAGCUUCUGCAAAGGAUCAAUGAUCUCCAUAAUGAGCUGGAGUCAUCCCCACCUGGAUCUUUGCUGCCACCUUCUACAAGCUUUCACCCUUUAACGCCAACUCCACCUACACUUCCCUGUCGUGUCAAGGAAGAACUUUGUCCUGGCUCCUUGCCAAGCCCUAAAAGCCAGCAUGCAAGGGUGGAAGUUCGGGUAAGGGAAGGAAGAGCUGUCAACAUCCACAUGUUUUGUGCCCGCAGGCCAGGUCUCUUGCUUUCCACCAUGAGGGCCCUGGACAACCUGGGGUUGGACAUCCAGCAGGCUGUAAUUAGUUGCUUCAAUGGGUUUGCUUUGGAUGUGUUCCGAGCUGAGGUCAUCCAAAGACUUGACUACUUUUGUCCACUGUUCAUCAGCAAUGCGGGGAAGGAGAGGAUGUGUUGCCGGAGCAGAUCAAAGCAGUACUCUUGGAUUCUGCAGGCUACCAUGGUAUGAUGUGACUCUAGUACUUGGUGAAUACGGCCACUUACAAUCGAGGAGGAACUAACUGUAGUGCUGUUACCUUACUGCUGUGCCUCGCGUAGUUUAGUUUGUAAAUGCAUUUGUCUUCCUCUGGGUCUUGUAACUUGUUGGUGAAGGUGCGCACAUGCCCAAGUAAAGUCGGUCAGCUAAUGCUAGAAGCUUGAUCUAGUUAUAUAUUUAAUGCAGAAUGAAUAUAUUUAUAUAUAUAUAUAUAUAUUAUAUUAUAUUA